AUGAAGGUCCACUCCUUGCAAAAUUGUUUUAUCAAUGUCCAAGAUUGCAAGAAAUUUUUUUUAGCAGGAAUACAAGUGCACAUCCGAGGUCUGUUAAUAUUGAUCGGAAUCAUACUGUACAUUGGCGCCAUCACAGAAGAAGCGGGAAGUAAAUCGAAGCCUAACAUGGAAAAACCGAAAUUUGAAUAUUGGUACGGCUAUUCAUUCGUGUUGACCAUCACAUCAUUUAGUACUGCUGAGUUAACUGGCGUUCUAUCUGUCUACCUCUACAUUUCGAGACACAAGCACUCAUACCGAAAAAAAGCAGAACGCCUCCACCAAAACCAAAACUACACCACAUCUUUCAACCAACUGCACUCGCGAUCUGCAAUUUCACUGUCGAACGUUGUAGAAGUCAGUCAGAAGCAACAGCAACAGCAACAACAACAAUCAUCUUCAAACGACCCUUACAACAACAAUGCGACAACAACAAACACUUCUCGCUCCCCCAACACAAUAAGAUCGAAUGGUAGGGCAAACGGUUACAUCGGCGGUUUGGGAGCAUUCGGCUUGCGAGCAGAUGAUUGCGCUGGCUACGUUCAACAACAGCAACAACAGAUGUUUGCAAACAACAACAACAACAACAACAAUUUGCCUGCAUACGAUGCAUCACCGAUGUACGUCGUUGACUCGAGGGACAUGGAAGCACAAUCAUCCUAUCAACAAAAAGGUUUGAAGCAACACCCACUCACGAGCUGGUCGUCGUCUUGCUUCCAGCAGCCACAACAAACGCAACAAAAACUGCUUAUGUCAAAACCGGCGUCAUCGGCAUCGAUGCUGAUGAUGAUGAGCGGCCACGUGCAGCAACCACACGAGCAGUGGCUCUCGAGUGACAUGCCACUACACGCCACGCUACACAACUCUAAUCUUACUGCUGAUUACAACUAUCACAAUGAUGAACGCUUGCAGAGAAAUGACGUGGACGACGACGACGACGAUGACGACCUGGAGAGCACCAGCAACUAUGAGCAAUCAACACCGAGGAUGCUCGUGUCUGUAAUGACGGGAGCGCCUAUUGCUGCUGGCUUGAAAUCGAGGGAGUCGUCGAAACACGCGCUGGCGUCUGGGCUGCCGCAAUCAACGACCAACAUGAACACACCUUUGUCUUCAGAGCGGUUCACUCCAAAUCACGCUAGGAACUUGGGCACCCCUGACACCAUGUACAGAAGAACUACACCGAGUCAGGAAAGAGAUUAUUUUUAUUUUCCUGCAGCGAGACACACGUUGUCAUUUCUGUUUGAACCCAUGUUGUUGUUGUUGUUGUUGUGCAUGCAUUGGAGUACGUGUGAACUUGUGUGCAACUACGCGUGUCUGUGCGCGUAUCAUUCUGAGUGGCCGCACACGUUGCAUCCGAUAGCUGUGAUGGAGCUGGGAGGUUGUCAAGAUGCGACCAAUGUGCUGGGCGUUAUACAAACGCAUGCUCUCAUGUACGCGUCUACGCCUGCGUUUCUGUAAAUGUGCAUGCAUUCGCAUAUUUAGGCGUGUCUAUAACCAUGCAUUAAUGCGUGUCUAUGCAUGUACAUACAUACAUGCAUUGAUAUAUGUGCGUGCAUGUUUGUUGCAUUUAAGAAUCAGUAAUCAAAUGUGAGCCUACAAGGUACAAGCAUCUCUUUCAACCUACAGUCUCGAAAAUGCAUGUUUGCAUGCCUGUCUAUGUAUGAAAGCAUGUAUGUAGUAUGCAUGAAUAUGCAUGAAGAUGUUCACGGUACGUAUGCAUGAAUGUGUGUACGUACGUGCAUUCAUGUACGUAUGGGUGCAUGAGUGCAUGUAUAUAUUGAAACUUGAUAACCAAAGUUUACAAAGCCACAUGAAUUGGAACCGAAUAAUUACAAGUCAAUAAAAAAGCAGACAAUACAAUACAUAGAGUAGAGUUGAGUUCAUUCAUAUGCAAGACCAACCAAUGACCGACACAUUAACACAUCUGAACAAUUGAAGAUUACAAACAAUUUCAUUUAAUACACUUUUAUUGCAUAUUUGCAAAAUCAAGCAGCCUAUAUUACAGCGUAAUGUAACGUUAACAUUAAUGAAGCAACCUCUAAGACGAACGAUGACUUCAAAUUCUUGCUAAAAUAUGGAUCGAUACGGUGGUCCUAUAUAUUGGUGUGUCGGUGCACUGCACAGACUCAUUAAA